AUGGAGACCUCUAGAUCUCAAUCGUUUUUCCAAGAUAUCAGAUGCAGAGAGCUCAACGGAUUUAAAGUUACAAAGAGACCAUAUUUUGGUGGCGUUGUGUCAGAUUUCGCGGAAAUCGGAGCUGUGGCCGUUGAACACAGCGGCGAGGAGACACCUCCGUUGGCGAUUUCAUUUUGCAAGACAAGUAGAAACUCUCAUAUAUAUGCAGUGUCUGAUGAGGAUGGUUAUGUGAGCUUGUUUGAUUCUCGAAGGAAAUUUUCUUCAUUUGCAUGUCAUCAAGAGAAUGCAGAGAAAGCCAGAAUUUGCGACUGGGUUGCACAUCAAAAUGCAAUUUUUGAUUUACGCUGGAUCAAGGAAGAUAAAAACAUUCUGACAGCUUCAGGUGAUCAAACGAUAAAGUUAUGGGAUGCACAGGAAAAGAAAUGUAUUGGAGUGUUGAUGGGGCACACAGGGAGCAUAAAAUCUUUGUGCUCUCAUCCAACAAAUUCUGAUAUUGUCGUGUCUGGUUCAAGAGAUGGGUCCUUUGCUCUAUGGGACUUGAGAUGCAACACUAGUUCCAAAAGAAGUGGGGAAUUUUGCUUAGCCUCAUCUGCCGUGGUAAAAGGAGCUCAUCUUUCAUCUCAAGCAAAAAGGGUUAGGCGUGGCAAGGCUGCUUCCAUGAGCAUUACAUCAGUUCUUUAUCUGAAAGAUGAGGUGACCAUUGCUACUGCUGGUGCAGUGAACAGUGUUGUAAAAUUCUGGGAUACAAGAAAUCUUAAAUCUCAAGUUACUCAGGCAUGUCCUUAUCCCGAGUCAUCAGGUUUAAAGGAAAAAAGAUUACAUGGUAUAUCUAGCCUUUCUCAGGACUUGAACGGAGUGUUCCUUGCAGCUUCAUGCAAGGACAACAGAAUAUACUUGUACAACGUACUUCAGCUUGAUAAGGGUCCUAUACAAUCUUUUUCUGGAUGUCAAAUAGGAUCAUUCUAUGUUAAGGCGGCAAUUAGUCCUGAUGCAGCACAUAUUCUCAGUGGCUCUAGUGAUGGAACUGCAUACGUAUGGCAGGUGAAUAAACCUCAAUUAGAUCCUGUCAUGUUGAAAAGUCAUGAUGGAGAAGUUACAGCCGUAGAUUGGUGCCCAUUUGAGACUGGGAAGAUGGCAACUUCUUCAGAUGACUUCACAGUUCGGUUAUGGAACAUCCAGAACAAAUCUUGCUUGAGCAAACGAUCUCCAUCUUCCAUCCGAAGGAGAGUAAUGGCAAUUCCGGGUGCAGAAUGUAGGAAACUUUUGAUGACUGAUGAAUUGGCAUAUUCAAUGAAGGGUCCUGAUAGUUCAUAUUCUUCAGAUGAAGCAGUACACCAAAGUAGUUCUUCCAAUCCUAUCACCAUGCCUAUAGUUGGUACUCCUGAUGCUCAGAAGAGAAAGUUCUCAUCCUCUGAUUUGAAAGAAACCUUUGAGAAAACCCCUGAAGCUAAUUUGAAGAGUCCAUCUUCUGUGUUGAACCCUCCUUCCUCUGUGAAACGAAGAACUAUCCGAGAUUACUUUAUCGUAUCGCCGUAGAAAUUUAUCCACAAGUACAGUACAAAAUGCAUAUUAUUAGUUUUUUAGUUCCAAAAGCAGCCCUCCCAAUCCUCUUCAAAUCAUGAGGUUGUACGUGAAAUGUAAAGCAGUAUACGGGACUAUUGUUUAGCCAAUAUCAAAUCACAUCAAUAUUCUCGCUGGAUUCUUUUUUUUUUUUUUUCUCUUUUGAUUGAGAGAGAUUCAAAUACAAAAUCUUUUGAACAGUUAAUAACAUAAAACUCUUAGAAAAAUACUCAUUUACUUUCACACUAUUCACCUGCAAGUUAGACCUUC